AUGGACGAUUGGAUUGAAACAGCCACUGGCAACCGCAUAUCUCGUCUGGCGGCCAUUAACGGAGCUAAGAGCAUUUCAAUAUCCGACAACUGCACCAUUGGUGAAAAUUGUACGCUAAACGGCUCGGUAAAGACCCUAACUCCGAAAGAACCAGCCAUUCUGCUAGGUAAGUAUUGUUUUCUAGCCAAUAAUGUCACCAUCGAUCCUCCAAUAUUGAAAGUUGUCAAUGGCGAGAACAUAUUCUCGAACGUAACUAUAGGAAACUAUACCUCAAUCGGUGAAUCUACGGUUAUUCGUCUGACCCAAUUAGGUAACCGAGUGAGCAUUGGUAGUAAUUGUGAGCUUGGCCAGAUGUCAACCAUUAAUGAUUGCUGUGUUGUUGAAGAUAACACUAGGAUUCCUGCAAAAGCAGUAAUUCCUCCUUAUAGCCGGAUAUCUGGUAUUGCAGGCAAAGACUUCCAGGUGGAGGAGCUAGGGCCAGGCUACAGAAAGAUACUUGAGUCCGAUGCUCGAAUUCGACAUGUAUUAGGAUGA